UCGCGAGGCAGUCGCGGGGCUUGGGCCAGUGCCCCGAGCGUGGCAGGGUUGUCUGCCCUCGGUGUGCCUCGGCCGCAGCCGCAACGCCAUCCCUUCCAGGCGCUUGGUCCUCCGGGGCCAGCUCCCAGCGGCAGGGACAGGCGUCUGAGGACCCAGCCUCAGGGAUGCUGUCCCCGGGUUUCCAGGCUCCGGCUCCGUAGGAUCGAGGCAGGCUCCGUAGUGAGCAAGAAACUCGACCUGACCUGACCGAGACCUGCGGAGCUCCCAGAGGACUUCUUACUAGUCUGCUCAGAGAGGUCUGAACUGGGGUGAAGAGCAGGAUCUUCAGAACAAGGAGGAGGUAGUGAUCAUGGAGGCAGAUUUGGCCGAAAUGCCGGAGAAAAGAGCUCUGUCUUCCCAAGAUUCUCCCCUUUCCCGGGAGAAGAGCACAGAAGAGGGAGAAGUAGCAGCUCUGCGCCUCACAGCCAGAUCCCAGGAAACAGUGACAUUCAAGGAUGUGGCCAUGGACUUUACACCAGAGGAGUGGGGGAAGCUGGAUCCUGCACAAAGGGAUGUAAUGCUGGAGAACUAUAGGAACCUCGUCUCGCUUUGGCUUCCAGUUUCCAAAUCUGAGAACUACAGUUUGGAGAAUGGAAAGGAACCAUUGAAGCUUGAGAGAAAAGCCCCCAAAAGCACCUGUUCAGACGUGGAGACUAGACCCGAGAGCAAGGAUUCAACUUCGGUGCAAGAUUUUUCCAAAGAAGAGUCAUGCCAGGUUGCAAUAAUAGACAGACUGACAAGGAGUAGUGUCUAUGACUCCAACUUGGAAACAGCAAUUGAAUGUGAAAAUUGGUUAGAGGAUCAGCAAGGAAAUCAGGACAGACAUUUGAGAGAAAUGUUUGCUCACAUGAAUUCACUCCCUGCAGAAAGAGAUCAUGAGCAUGAUAUAUACUGGAAAAACUUCAGUCAGAAGUCUGUCCUUAUCACUGAUGACAGAGGUCCCAAAGGAUCCUAUGCCUUUCAUACACUUGAAAAAAGAUUGAAACAGAAGUCAAAUUUAAUGAAAAAGCAGAGAACUUAUAAAGAGAAAAAACCUCAUAAAUGUAAUGAUUGUGGUGAACUCUUCACAUACCAUUCAGUUCUUAUUCGACACCAGAGAGUCCAUACUGGAGAGAAACCCUAUACCUGUGAUGAAUGUGGGAAAUCUUUUAGCCACAGAGCUAAUUUAACUAAACAUCAGAGAACUCAUACUAGAAUUCUCUUUGAGUGCAGUGAAUGCAAGAAAACCUUCACAGAAAGCUCAUCCCUUGCAAUACAUCAGAGAAUUCACAUUGGAGAGAGACCUUAUGAAUGCACUGAAUGUGGGAAGGGUUUUAAUCGAAGUACACAUCUUGUGCAGCAUCAGUUGAUUCAUACUGGAGUGAAGCCUUAUGAAUGUAAUGAAUGUGAUAAAGCUUUCAUUCAUUCAUCAGCACUCAUUAAACAUCAAAGAACUCAUACUGGAGAGAAACCCUAUAAAUGUCAAGAAUGUGGAAAAGCUUUUAGCCAUUGCUCAUCCCUAACUAAGCACCAGAGAGUUCAUACUGGAGAAAAGCCAUAUGAAUGUAGUGAAUGUGGAAAAACUUUUAGUCAGAGCACACAUCUUGUGCAGCAUCAGAGAAUUCAUACUGGAGAGAAACCCUAUGAGUGUAAUGAAUGUGGAAAAACCUUUAGCCGGAGUUCAAAUUUUGCUAAACAUCAAAGAAUUCAUAUUGGAAAGAAACCCUACAAAUGUAGUGAAUGUGGAAAAGCCUUCAUUCAUUCAUCAGCUCUUAUUCAACAUCAGAGAACUCAUACUGGAGAGAAACCCUUUAGAUGUAGUGAAUGUGGGAAAAGCUUUAAGUGCAGUUCAUCCCUCAUCAGACAUCAAAGAAUUCACACUGAAGAGCAACCCUAAAAAAUUACUGAAUGUGAAGAAAUGUAAGUUGGUUUUAUCAGUAUAUUAAAUACCAGAGUGUUUAGGUGGAAGACCCAUAAUAUACUCUUGAGGGUCAAUUCCAUACAUCUAAUUUUAUUUACAUAAUACAUAGUUUUGAGCCAUAGACUUCCUUAUGACAGUAAUUUCAUAACUAUGAAAACUUCUAAUCAGAGAUUCCCAAAUUUUAAUCCCUGACCUCCCAAAUACCUAUUCAUGGAUAUUCAAGAAAUCCCUGAGAGUGAGUAUCAGUAUAAACAUUGUAAAAUCCAAUUUUCCCCUCUCUUGGUCAUGUCAGAGCUUUGUUGUAGCCUCUCACCUUGUAAGGAAAUUCUUAAUUGGUAGGUUAGUCUUAGGGCUUAUAUCAUUAUCAGGAAGACACAGUGUUGUUAUUUGUUACUCUUUGAGUCACAAGUAGAGAUCUAGAUAUUCAGAGGGUGCUAUUUCUCCAGGGAAUGUCCUUGCUUUUAUAUUAGCCAAAAAGGUUAAGAGUUGAAAGCUGCUUAGGAUUCCCUUCCUCCCUCUGAAAGCUGCUGUCUAAUGUGAUCCACAUAACUAAUUAUAUUUACAGCAGAUCCUAAAUUAUGUUCACAUGGAUUAUGUUGGUCAUAGGUGUAUAUAAUUGUUACACUUCUGCUGUGAAGAUCUUCCAUCAUUUUCCAUUUCCCUGGGAGUUUCCCUGAAGUAAAGAAUGGGUCCAGAUCUUGAUUGUAUUUGUUGAUCAAGUCCCCAUGUUUUUGUUCUUGACAUUGAAUGGAUCCUUAGUUUUCCAUAAUCAAAGCAUCAGGGAGACUUCACUUCCCUACAUUAUUCAGCUUUCUGUAAACUAUGCUGUGUUACUUCGAUAAAAAGCCCCAGGGAUGUUGAGGGUUGAAAAGUUGAUGGGUUCAAUAUGUUACUAUAUUUAGGGUCCCAGUCAAGGAGAAGCACUGAAGCAACCUGUGAAAUGCCAGGGCACACUUUCCCAUCAGGUAUGGAGAACAUCUCAGAGGACAGUCCUUAAGUGACUAACUUGAGGAUAAGCAGCUUCCCUUCAUGAAGGAGUUGCCAUUUCUCUGGCCUUCGUAUUUGCCCACAUUUUUUUGUUGUUGUUACUGUUCUCUAUAGGUUGGUUGGUAUUUAUUCCAGAGCCCUAAAGGAGGUAGACAAGGCAUGAAACCCCAAUGAUGUAUUAGCAUAAGUUACAUGGGUGACCACAGACCAGUAUGGGAUUGGAAACACAAAAGCAAAAGUUCAAAUAAAUAUUUAGUAAA